AUGAUUACCUCUUGUCCGAAAGCAAAAGCAUCGCAAGACACAGCAAGAAGGACAGCCUCCUUUGGGUCGAGGACUCCACAUGGUGGAUCAACUCCAAGACGCUUCAUGUUGGUCGUCUUGAUUCCGUAUCCGAUACGGCGAGCGGAUGAGUUGAUCACCUUGAUGUGGCACAUCAAUGUGACAAUCGGUGGAAAAUGUGCUUCUGAUGAGCGUUUGAAAUCAAUUUGUCCUCCAGGAGUUGAGUGUCUCGACGUUUUCGAGCAAUAUCCAUUCUACCUUGCAAUCGAGAAUACUGUUUGCAAUGACUAUGUCACUGAGAAGAUUUGGAAUAGAAUUAGUGUUCCGAGUAUUCCAAUUGUCAUGAAACGUCGGGUAUACAAAAAUAUUCUUCCACCGAAGUCAUUCAUCGCAAUGGACGAUUACAAAAAUCCCAUAGAGAUGUCGAAUCAUCUCCGAGCUCUCGAAGCUAAUAUGACAGCAUAUUCGGAAUAUUUUAACUGGCGUCAAAAAGGAACUUGGACAUCGGCACCAUGGAAUGCGCCAGGUUAUCGGAACGGUGUGUGUCGUGUCUGUGAACUGCUUUGGAAAAGUAAAGAUAAUGAAACUGAACCUUUCAAAUCGUAUAAAGAUAUCUGGAAAUGGUUUGAUGAGGAAUCACAAUGCGAAAAAGACGAGUUUGUUCGCAGCUGGUUGAGCGGAUAA